CGAUCGAAUAUUGAUAUUAUUUUUGACACUUUAUUUUUGACAAAAUAAGUGAUAUCAACUAAAAUUCGUAAUAAUCUAACAAUUACAUUGCCCAACACAGUAACCUACGUUGACUACAGUAUUUCGAACCCCAGACGAAAUUCAAUUUCAUUGGUUUACUAGUUGACCGGUGGUAUUACGACUCGUGUAUAUUCAUUAGGAAGACGUUCCUCACUAAUAUAUAAUUCAGCCCAGAUGUCAGAAGACCCUGGCUCGCGCCAGGCCUUAUUCGGAAAUACCUCGCUUUGCUCGGGAAGCAGCCGCCAGGGCCUCAACAAGAGGCUAGUGAAUAACAGCAGACGCAUUUAGAGGACUUGCUCUUCCGAUUGGAUUGACCUUAAUUUGCUGAAUGAACAGUGGAAAAAGCGCACAUAGUGCCCCGGACGAUUCUCAGACUGGUAAUCCUUCUGUACAUCAGAUCAACGUCAUGGAAGCAGGAACCAAAGACACCAAACCAGCAGGCGAUGGACUAGGUGAUUACGUCCCGGCAAAUACAGAAGAUACGAAGAUGGAUGAGAACAAAGGAGGAGGCAGCAAGGAUCAAGCAAAUAAAAAUGAACUGAACAUGCAGUCUAUGAGCUCUGCUAAGGUGGGUGAUGAGAAAGGAGGAAAGAACAAUGGAGGAGAUGCACAGACAGGAAGAGCAGAUGAAGGGAAACUCGAUGAUGAAAAAGGCUGCUGUGUCCCAUGCGAAAAAUUCUGGGUCCGAUACAAAGAACCUAUCUUGAUCGCCAGUAUUGUUGUUCUCGCCUUCUUUUUGGGCCUCUUUGUCAUCUUAUUUGGUGUUGCACAAUGCAAACUCAAUAAACUUCAAAAGUCUGAGGUAACAGGAGAUACCACACCAAUGCCAGGGACGCCAAGUAAGACACCAAUGCCAGGGACGCCAGCUCCCAGCCCUCCUGGUGCUAUCAUCGCAGGUAUCAUCAGGACAGCAGAGAAUUACACAAAGGCAUUGGAGAACAGCUCAUCUCUGGACUUCAAAAAAUUAGAAAACAAAUUCAUUGCUGCGGUGAUGGAUUUUUAUGCGAAGAACCCAGCCACGUACAUACCAUACUAUGAAAGGACUAUCGUGAAGGAAUUUAUAAAAGAGGGUUUGCAAGCGAAUGUGAACUUUGAAAUACAUUUCACCCAACUGGAUAACGAUAAUAGCUCUCCACCCGAUGCGCACUCGGUACUCUCUAACGCCCUCCAGUCUCCGCAGGAGUUUGGCCAGAUUAGAAUUCUCGGUGGAAAUGUGGAUUUCCAAACCUAACCUGUUCCUGAAAACCAUCUGUGCCAGAAUUAUUUCAUCAGUCCUCAAUAUGGAGAGUCCACCAAGAAUAAAGCAGAUGAAAUGUAAAUGUUCUAAAAUAUGCAGUGGUGGUAAAAAGUUAGUGAACCCCCCUAGAAAAUGAACAUAUUUUAAGUGUUUAAGUUCUGCCAUGAUUUAGAUAUUUAAUUGUGAAGAAAUAUUACAUUCAAUAAAGUUUGUUUCUCUGGGCUCUCUGAACAUUGUAGUAUUGUUGUCUCCAUUCGAUACUCAGCAUGGAGGAGUGCUUUUUCCGUUGGAGUUUACUAUUUGUUAGCACCACUGUAAUUACCAUUUGUUGAAUAAGAUCUGAAGGAAUACAAAACCCAAGUUACAAUAUUUUUAUAUUGUAAAAUUUUUAAAUUCUCUGUUCAUGAUUUAAUGACAUCAGCGUCAUCCACACGGCGGGAGAAAGGGAGAAUGAUCACUCAAAAUCUAUAAAUUUGCACCCUUCAUAUCACUUUUCAUCUGUUUCGUAUAGAUGGUUGGUUGGUUAUCUAUGGUCUAUUUUUCAAAUAAGGCCUGUUUGAGAAUUAAUCUCUGAGCCUACGUGUCACAGACAUUUAAAAAAAAUAUGCAGUACAAAUAAAUGGGAUGCCUUUCUUGCCUGUUAGUCUUUAUGGUCCAUGUUCUGAAGCCUGGCUUAAUUUUAAUACACCAUGGGCUCUGUUGCACAAAAGUUAUUAUAAUAUUUACUUUGCCAUCCGAUGUUUAUCCCCUGAAAUCCUUGAUUCUGAUUGGCUGAUACGCAUCGUUACCAUGGCAGUUACCAUUGGAUGGCAAAGUUACUGUAAAAGUAACUUUCAUGCAACGUAGCCCAGUAGGGUGCUUCAUAAAGCUGUUCGUAAAAGCGACUUUAAGAACGACUGGUGAACAUUUCUUAGGCGCGAAGUAAUCACCAAUGAACAUAUUACCACAAGAAAGGAUCACCAGUCGUCCUUAAAGUCGCUCUUAAUGUACGAACAGCCUCAUGAAACGGCCCGCUGGUCUAACUCUGUACUAACAUUACAGGAAGCCAAAAGUGUCAAUUUUUUUGGCUAACGAUGUUUGUUUCUUAUGUUCUCUUUGCUUUUUCAUUAUGCCUUAAUGGUGAAGAAAACUAAUUCCCUUUUUUAUUAUUCCCAGACAUUUAUGAAUGAUCUGAAUAACUGAUGAGCUGAUAACUAAACCUGCACUGUUAUAGAUUUAUGCCACUUUUGGCUAGCCAUAGUUGAACUGCAACUUUAAACCAGGGAUGAAAUCAAAAGUUCUGAAUGGCUCAUACUCUCAAGUUCAGUUUUACUAAUAUUAUGGGAAGCCAAAAAUGUCAGAAUAAUGUUAACAUUGUAUGUUUCUUAAGUUUACUUUGCUCUUUCUAAAGUUUAGUUUGCUCUUUCAGGGCUCGAAUUAAGAAUUUAAAGGGGCAAGGCCAUUUUUUAAUAGGGCACUUAAGGGAAAGGGCAGGCAGUUUU